GUUGUAUAAAAGGAUCCGACACUGGUCGUAUCACAAUCAGAAGCAGUCCAAGCGUUCUAAAAGCUCAUCCAGCAACCAACAACAACACCAACCUACCUACCACCAUGAAGUGCAUCGUUGCCGCCGUUGCCGUCAUCGCCCUGGCCGUCGCUGCUGAGGCUGGAUAUCCGUACGCUGGCUAUCCUUACGCCGGAUACGGAGCCACCGUCAUCCAGGCCAAUGCCCCAGCCUACCCGUACGCUGGCUACCCGUACGCUCAUGCUGCCUACCCGUAUGCUCAUGGUGCCUACCCGUACGCUCAUGCCGCUGCCUACCCCGCUGCCAUUGCUGCCUAUGCUGCCCCUCACGCUGCCCUCCUGGCCGCUCCUCAUGCUCCGCUUGCUUCGGUUGCCCACCAUGCCGGUGUUGUCCCCGGAGCCACCUCCGUCACCGCUACCCGUGGUGCCGUCCAUGUUGCUCCCCUGCCCGGACAUGCCGUCUCGCAGAAGCAGCUGAACCUGGCCCCGGCUCCCGGAACUCUGUAAGCUGGACGCUUUUACUAGCGCUUAAGGACAUGAUCGGAAAAUGAAGUGUGAUAGGCGAAAGGAACCAGUGCCAACAAGACAGAUGUGUACGACAGAUUUGUCCAGCGGGCAUUCGUUGGGCAAUUGGUCGGCGAUGUUUUGGUUGGAUUCCCAAAAGCACGAUAGCUGGCUGUUGUUUUGUUCAUGGUUAUCUCAGCUGGUUGUACAUUUACUGUAAAUAUAAGUUAUUUACAUGAAUAAAUGACAGCAAAAAAGUAAAA